GGGCCAGGAGCUUAAGUACCCUUAAGUCUAAACCGUCUUUGCAAAAUAUAUGCAAAGGUGUAAUAUUAUUUGCAUAUCGUUUAUGUUAUUUUGAUUUCUUUUACUUGCAGUUUCCAUGUGCUAUUGGCAACUGCUUAUAAGAAAAAGAGAACAUAACCUCUACCCCGUUGGCUUGAAACUUGACCCCAGGCUUAUCAUACUGGAAUCUCUGGUCGUCAAGCCGCCUUUAACAAAAAGGCUGAUACUUAUUUCUUUCUCCCCAGGCUUCUCGUUCCUCCGUGCAGUAUAUAGUUACAAAAAGCUUUACCCGCUGGCUUGGGCUAUACAUACAUAUGUGCAUCCUGCCCCCUUUUCUCGUUUAUACAAAAGCAAACGCUAUAACACCUUUUCAUAUUCUCAUUACUCCCCCAACCUGCACCGAAAGAAGCUGGGGAAAGAAGAGAAAGGCGUCUCUUAAUAAAGCUAACAGGCAUAACCCCCACCGUCGGUUAGGAGCUUACGUAUAAGCCUCAAUUCCUACACUUACGCGAAGCUUGUGACUUGUCGGGCCACACCCCACAUCCACCAUCCUUCGGUCAUAUCGAUAUUUUGGCUUCCUCUACCGGAAGUAGCCGCCUUGUAAUACCUAUACAAGGCUGACGUUCGUAUAGUCGACUACGCCGAUAUUUGACCCUGCGGAACCCCCUGUCGGAGCUCUUACGGACCAUUUAUAUAUCACAGCUUCUGCCAAACGCCUUUUCACCCCUUUGUUUUUUCCAAACUAUAUCGUGGUGAAGAUAGACGCUAAAGGAGAUAAAAUACUUGCUUGUCAUUCUGAGACUUCAUUCUUUCUCUCUGUUAGCGAGCUCCAAUAUCCAAUCAUCCUGUCGACGGCGGGCAUUAUGUCUAGAGUUCCCGAGAAACAAAGGAUGGUUUCAAUAUUGAACAAUGAUGACAACCCCUCUUUUGCGGUUCGGCCUUCAAGAUCAUCCAAAUCCAGGCAAGAGCCAACAGGCCACUCUUCACAACUUCACGGGUGGCCGGCAUCAGUAAAGGGAAACCCGGAGUCAGCCACCCUUCGUCAUGGAGAUAGCCGGUCACAAUGGAAGGACAUGGCAUCGUCUUCCGAGUCACAUUAUUACUCUUACGGACCACCGCCUCACUGCUCCUCGCCUCCUCAGUUUGUCAUGCCGCAUAACCUACCAUAUGGAUAUGACCUCGAAGAAAGGGGGCCUAUUCAGCGUGAGCAUCAGACAGGAGAACGAGAAAGAGUAUCGCCACAAUCAAGUUACAGCAACUUUACAGAGUAUGCAGCGCCACCCGCUACCAAAAAGAAUAAGCAUGCCUGUCCUUACGCUGCCUCCCAUGGAUGCUCGGCUACGUUUACGACCUCGGGACAUGCCGCAAGGCACGGCAAAAAGCACACUGGUGAAAAGCGAGUCCACUGCCCAGUGUGCAAUAAGGCAUUUACCAGGAAAGAUAACAUGAAGCAGCACCAAAGGACUCAUCGCGAAUCAGGCAUUGAUGUUGAUAUUGACGGGCAUGAUCAGAAUAUUUCUGACACCGCAUACUCCCAGUCUCCCGGCUCAACUACCGCCUACUUCCCUGCCUACGAUACAGAAGUGCCGACUGACCCACGACGUUCCCAAUCUCGCCGACACUCAAGCCGCUCCAAUACCAGCUAUGAGGCUUCUCCUCGAUACCUACCCCGAGAGCUCCCAGAUCCGCAAGAUGCAGAGGAUGAAAGACGGCCGCGUUCCCCGGCGUACCGAUCUGACAGCAUUUCCUCGGGACUAGACUCACUGGCAAUUGCAUCGACCAAGUCAAGCUAUAGCAGCAAACACAUACCGAGGAGAUGACGCUUACCUUCUAUUAUCUUACGUUUCAUUUCUUCCACCGUUCUUUUUCAACGAUGUAUUUAACUUUGCCUCUUUCCCCCUUUUCACAGUUUUCAACCCCUGUUCAUGGAAGUACCAGGAAUAUAAACACUAGGCUAUAGACAGGAGUCAAAACAGCAUCUUUCACUCUCACGAUCCGUAGAUCGUUCGCUCUCUAUCCAAAUAUCCUGCCCCUGACAAUAAACUAUUGCUGAACCAUGGACCCGGCCCGCCG